AUGAAAUUCGGCAAGAGUCUCAGCAACCAGAUCGAGAAAACCCUACCGGAAUGGCGUGACAAGUUCCUCUCUUACAAGGAACUCAAGAAGAAGUUGAAGCUCUUGGAGCCUCCCAAAUCCUCCGUCGACGACAGGCCGUCCAAACGGCCCAGGCUCCAUGAUGGUGCCGCUGCCGGUGAGUCUUCACCGCAGGAGAUUGACUUCAGGAACUUGUUGGAGGAAGAACUCGAGAAAUUUAAUGCCUUCUUUGUUGAGAAAGAAGAAGAGUGCAUUAUUAGAUUGAAGGAGUUACAAGAUAGGGUUGCCAAGGGAAAGGAUUCAAAAGAAGAGAUGAUGAAAAUACGAAAGGAGAUUGUGGAUUUCCAUGGCGAAAUGGUUUUAUUGGAAAACUACAGUGCCCUUAACUAUACAGGACUUGUGAAAAUACUGAAGAAGUAUGACAAGAGAACUGGUGCCCUAAUUCGCUUGCCUUUCAUUCGAAAAGUCUUGCAACAGCCUUUCUUUACUACAGAGAUGCUCCACAAGCUUAUAAAAGAAUGUGAAACAAUGCUGGAUGGUUUAUUUCCAGUGAAUUAUACUCCUGCCUCAGGUGAGGCUGCUUCUCAAGCUGAUGGAUGCGAUCCUUCAACAACAACUUGUUGUUCUUUCAAGAGUGGUGAUUGUCUGUUGAUACCCAAGGAACUAGCAGAGAUUGUGAAUAAGGAGAGCCUUUAUAUGAAGAGUACCAUCUCAGCAUUACAUGUUUUGCAGGAAAUUAGAUCUAGAAGCUCCACGAUUAACAUGUUUUCAUUACCGCCAUUGCAAAUCAGUGGGUUGGGAGAAACAAGGAAGAAAGUUACUAUUCUGGAACAAGCAGCCAAGUAAUCUUCUGGCUUGCAUUGAUGGUGGCCUAGUGGGUUCUUUAAAUUUCCCUUCCUUUUUUCUCUCUAGAAAACGAUGCCACUGAUGGCAUGCAUGCCUCAGAUUCAGAAUACUAACACGGAUAAGAGAAGUGUAAAGAUGGAAUUGAUCCGAUACAAAUAUAGGCUCCAUAGGUUUCAUAUGAUGCACACUUUUGUGGUAUUUUAAUAGUCAUAUUUUUAAUAGGGGUUCCAUUCUUUUUCUGUCAAGAUGGGGAAUCUCUUCUUGGAAUGUUGCCGAUGGCGAAUGGUUAUUGAGCCCUUAUCAAUUUAGUUCUCAGGAAAAUAGUUUAGUUUCCAGGAAUUACGGGUUAAUGUGUAUGAUGAGAUUAUUUCAGGGAAACAAAAGAGCAGAUUAUGUCACGUUUUAGCCAUUCACAAAUCAUGAAUGGUUAAUUUAUGGUUGCCUGCAUUCUGUAA